CGUAGUUACACAGCGACUUGAGAUAGAACUUGUUGGAAGUAUCAUACUCCCUCGAAAACCUCAGUGCAGGGCAUAUCCCAGAUUCCAGACUCGAUACCCUGAACACGUGGACUUCACAACGUAUAUUUUGACAUUAUGCAGUUCCCUACUGUCAUCGACUUAAAUGUGGGUGGUCGACAUCUGACAACCUCCCUGUCCACCCUCACCAAGUACCCGGACUCCAUGUUGGCCACCAUGUUUAGUGGAAGGCAGCCUGUGACCCAAGACAAAGAUGGCCGCUACUUCAUCGAUGUGGAUGGAGAUGUGUUUAUUCACGUCCUCAACUUUCUGAGAUUCGGGAAGAUGCCUCCACCCAAAGGAGCAUCUGAGGUUAUGGAAUAUGCAGAGUACUUUGGAUUACAGGAACUGAAGGCAUCUGUCCCCGAAGACUUUGAACAAGUGCUCUACGGAAUAUGGAAAAAGAAGCUACCUGACUACCAAAGUCAAUGGGAAAAGGUGGAAAGACAAUUAGGCUAUCUUUCCACAAAAUAUUUUUACAUUCACGUUGCCGCAAGCAGCGCUUGUCGUAACUUUCCGAAAACAAAAACACUGUUUCUUCAAGCUCCAGGCAGUAGGAACACCAUUUACAUAGAAUUUUUAGACAUCGGUAAAACGUACCCAACUGUCCUUUUGAAUCUUCUUGCACACGACCUGAAAAGAAUGAAUAUCUUCACGGACUAUUGUGAGACGGAAUGUGAGAAUUGUGGUUGUCAAGCAGCCAUGCGAUUCAAAAUUGGCAGGUGAAAAGCGUUAGAUACCAUUCCGACAUUUUCAAAAAUGGAACGUGGAUCAGUUGUGGUAUGGAUGUAGAUCUAAAUUUUCGUCUUAAUACGAAUCAAAUCUCACAAGACCAAUUACUAUUGUGGGACAUUCCUUUGAUUUGUGUCUAUUGAUGUUUCACCUACACAGGAUAUUGAUGCACGACAACAGUUAACCCAUCGUAAAGCAAUUGACGUUUUGCUGCUUAUCCAGUCUUAUUUUCCUUGCCUUUGCUCUUAAAAUAAUUAAAUACGGUGGAAAUACAUUUUUAAGAUUAGUUUCCUAAUAUUAUUUUCUCUUAGUUACCUAUGGGACCAAAAUGGUAUUAGUUAAUACAACUUAACCACUAACAAUACAUGUCUCGAUCAUGUUAAGAUAGAAAAUUGAGAAUGAUACACAUACUAUGGUGUGCUUGUAUCCAAAAGGAAUGUGACUCGCCUGCUUUCACUUUACAGGAACUAAUUCCAAUGUAAAUAGACAAUUCAAAAAUGCAGUCAAUAUUGUUGAUUCGCAUUUUGAUAUAAAUGUGAAAGAUAACUCCUGACGUAAAUGAACUCCCGAUAUUGAGUGUUGAUUCUCCAGUUCUUGUUUAACUUGGAUUCAAUGCCAGGAAUUAAACACAGCGUCCUGGGUACAGAGCAGACACGUAAUUAACUGGGCCACCUCAUCUCGAUGAGCACUUGGGAAGGUCGAUCUGUGAAAGGAUUAUGACUGGCAUCAUAUAUUUUAUAAGCGUUAUCUGAAUUUUGGGGACGUAAAUCGGCGUCAGACAACUAUAAAAUGUGCGGCAUGCAGUUGAAUGCGCGA